GUUGUAAAAUAGCAUCUGUGUUUUUUUGUUUGUUUGUUUACUUUGUUUUCAGUUUUCAACUCGCGUGCAACCUUCUUCAGUUCCAGCGUGCUCUCGCACGCACACGGCCCGUAACUCCAAAAAAAGAAAACAGGACCUGCCUGAGGAGGAAGAAAAAGAAGUUAAACGGUUACAGCGUCAGUUCCCCGAAGCUCACCAUGGCUGUUAGUGGAUGUGGUCUACUGUGCAAAUAUGUCCUCAUAAUUUUCAACAUCCUCUUUGGGCUGCUGGGCAUAGCAAUGUUUGGACUGGGCUUGUGGCUGAGAUUCAGCUCCAGCACAGGAGGAUUUUUCAAUAUUGAUUUCAACACUAGGCAAUUUGUCAUCGGGGUGACGGUGUUGAUUUUGAUUGGAGCAGUGAUGGUGAUCAUUUCUGCCUUUGGGGACUAUGGCGCCUGCAGUGAGAACAAGACUGCUCUGAGAGUGUUUUACUUCUCGGUGGGUCUCUUGGCUAUUGCGGUGAUCCUAGCCGGAAUCCUGGCCUAUUUCUACAGCGAUAAGGUUGGAGACGAGAUGUCUGCCUUUUACACGACUGUCUACACAAAGUACGUCAACAAAGAGGACCCCGGCCUGUCCGUCACAUUGAAAAUCUUCCACAAUGCGCUGCAUUGCUGCGGCAUUGGAGGAGCUUUGGAGCCCUUUGCACGAGAUACGUGUCCCAGUACCAAAGGCUUCCUUGACGCCCUGUCCAUACCCGCAUGUCCAAAGGUGAUCCACAAGUUGUUCAAGACCAGAGCUCCAGUGGUUUUAGGGCUGCUUAUUGGAACAGGAGUUCUGAUGUUUGUUACCAUGGCGUGCUCCAGAGUUCUGAUGAAACACAUUAGAAAGUACGAAUCAGCUCCCAAACACUACAACUAACCACCGGUCCGUCAUGCUCCGGGCAAGAACACCAUCUUCAGGAUCUUCUUACGCCUCAUUCAGCAAGUUGCCCUCAGGUUUACCAGACACAUCUAUGCCAUGUUCUCCUUUAGACUUUACCAACAAAGUCUAGAUGCCUUAAUUGUAAGCUUUUUUUUAACUGUUACGCUAUUUUACAUUAGUGAGUAAAUUAUAACCUGUGGACCAAGAAUACCAUAAUGUCGCUGCACAUGCACAAGCAUACUUUCCCUUGAAUUCUCAACGCCUUCUCAAUAUCCCACAGGAUAUUGAAAUUGCAGUUUUAGUCUUAAACCUCAGUCAGGGUUAAUAAGACAAGUUUUAAGACAGUGACACAUUUAUUAACUGUUGCCAGACCACAGUACAUUAAACUUUUUAAAUGGCUGGUGUACUUGCGGUUUGGAAUCAAUGCGUGGAUGUGUCACAGUCUGUCCUAUUUGAAUCAUCUACCUGAGGUGCGUUCAAAUUCAGCGAACAAGGGGAACGUUUGCAGACAGCUUCUUUCUUCUGUAUUUUAAAUAGGAUGUGAGGCAGUAGAAGAUGUAAACAUUUUCUUUAUAUGAUAACUUUUUUUUUUGUAAACUUUUUUGUAUUGCUAUGUUUUAUUUCUAUUUGGGUACCAAUGACUCAGGUUUGGACUUUUUAAAAUGUGUGUAUUUAGGGUAAGUAAAGCAUAAAACGUG